CAGCCAAUCCAGUCAGAGCAGCGGAGCUGCCCCGAACAAAGAUGGCGCGGGAAGCGUCUGUGAGGGCAAACUGAGCAGAGCACCCAAACCCUCGGCGGACAGCGGAGCCAGUGUUAGCCGCACGGCCCCAACCAUGGAGGAGGGCGGCAGCACUGGCAGUGCUGGCAGUGACAGCAGCACCAGCGGGAGUGGCGGCGCGCAGCAAAGGGAGCUGGAGCGCAUGGCUGAGGUCUUGGUCACCGGGGAGCAGCUACGGCUCAGGCUGCAUGAAGAAAAGGUUAUUAAAGAUAGACGUCAUCAUCUCAAGACCUACCCAAACUGUUUUGUCGCAAAAGAACUGAUUGACUGGCUGAUUGAACACAAAGAGGCUUCUGACAGAGAGACGGCAAUUAAACUCAUGCAGAAAUUAGCAGACCGGGGCAUUAUUCACCAUGUGUGUGAUGAGCAUAAGGAAUUCAAGGAUGUCAAACUCUUCUACCGCUUUAGAAAGGAUGACGGCACCUUCCCAUUGGAUAACGAAGUGAAGGCCUUUAUGAGAGGACAGAGGCUAUAUGAAAAGCUGAUGAGCCCUGAAAACACACUCCUGCAGCCCAGGGAGGAGGAAGGGGUCAAGUAUGAACGCACCUUCAUGGCAUCUGAAUUCCUGGACUGGCUGGUUCAGGAAGGUGAGGCCACCACGAGGAAAGAGGCAGAGCAGCUUUGCCACCGGCUUAUGGAGCAUGGCAUCAUCCAGCAUGUGUCCAACAAGCACCCAUUUGUGGACAGCAAUCUUCUCUACCAGUUCAGAAUGAACUUCCGGCGGAGGCGAAGACUGAUGGAGCUGCUCAAUGAAAAGUCCCCCUCCUCCCAGGAAACUCAUGACAGUCCCUUCUGCCUGAGGAAGCAGAGCCAUGACAAUCGGAAAUCUACCAGCUUUAUGUCAGUGAGCCCCAGCAAGGAGAUCAAGAUCGUAUCUGCGGUGAGGAGGAGCAGCAUGAGCAGCUGUGGCAGCAGCGGCUACUUCAGCAGCAGCCCCACCCUCAGCAGCAGCCCCCCCGUGCUCUGCAACCCCAAGUCUGUGCUGAAGAGACCUGUCACCUCUGAGGAACUCCUUACUCCCGGGGCUCCGUAUGCAAGGAAGACAUUCACGAUUGUUGGUGAUGCGGUUGGCUGGGGUUUUGUGGUGCGAGGAAGUAAGCCAUGCCACAUCCAGGCUGUAGACCCCAGUGGCCCUGCAGCCGCAGCAGGAAUGAAGGUCUGUCAGUUUGUCGUCUCUGUCAACGGGCUCAAUGUCCUGCAUGUAGACUACCGGACAGUGAGCAAUCUGAUUCUGACGGGCCCACGGACGAUUGUCAUGGAAGUCAUGGAGGAGUUAGAGUGCUGAGCUCCUGGGCCUCCCAGCCCUCCAGCGGCCUGUGGGUGAUGGAAGCCAGAAUGACACAAAGCAAUGCAAAGACAAGAUUGCCAUGCAAAUGGAUGGUUUUGGACAUACGAAUCUUCUCCGCACAUACAUGUCUAAAGUUGAGUUUUAUACACUGAAUGUGGAAGAACCGGGUAUCAUAUCUUUUUUAAAAAAUGUCAGUGUAGAAAACAUUUGGGAAACCGUUUUCCUACAUGAUAGAACUGCCUUACUAGAUUUCUAUUUGUAGCUCUCAUUCAUUGUUUUUUACCUUAGUUUGCAGAAAGGUGUUGAAAUGCUUCUCUAGCCCAAACAGCGACAUGCUAAAGUCCCCUUCUUCAGAGUCAAUAGAGUAGUUGUUAAAGGUUUUAAAUUGUACUUUCACCAAAAUUAGCAUGCAACUAUUUAAUAGGGAAUCUAGAUUUCACCAAGAUUCAAAUCAAAGCAAUAUUUAAAGGAAUAAGACCUGUUCACUAGCAUUUUCAAGGGGGUUCUAAAGCAUUCAAGUGCUUAAAAGCCAUAAAAAAAUGACUUCUUAAUUCCUGCCUUUAGUGUCAACUUUUAAGUUAAUACAGGUUUCAAUUGUGGCAUUAGAAAAAACAAAACAAAACUUUGUGAUGCUGUGGGUGAGGGUAGUUAGGGAGAGACUACAUGAAAUUGUGUGCCCCUAUUUUCUUUCUGAUCCUAAAUCAUUUUGUUUUAUAAAUCAGCUAUAGCAUCUUUCUAGAAUUAAUCCUGAAUGUGUUGAAUGUUAAAAUAGAGAAGUUUGUGUAUACACAUAAUUAAAAAUCAACCCUUCUGGCAAGAUUUCACUUUGAAGGUGUCUGUUUUUAAGGGAAGGCUAAAACUUUGCUGAUAUGUGAUAAAACUUGAACUCUAAAUUGCCUCCUUAGCCUGAAUUUUUACUAGCUUUCUAGUGUAGCAUAUUCUAAGGACAUGACAUGCUGCUUAUUUGGGGGGAUUAUUUUUCACCAAAAUGAUCAUCUUGUGUUGUAACUUUUCAGCUCACUUGUAUAUACGCAUGUUUUCAUUUUUGGUCUAGAAAAUAGCGCAUUUUGGGGCUCAGUGUGCAGAGGAAAUUCCUCAAAGUGCCAAAUUAGGGAGUCAGGAACUACUAAAUUCUUCAUUCCAAAUAAUGGAUCUGAAUGACGAGGUUAAUUUUUAAUCAUGCAUUAACAAAAUAAAAUAUGAGAAUUGUACCACAGCCAUUUCUUUUCAUUAGGUUAUCAUAAUGUAUAGGUACUGGUGGAAUGCACCUACCGUGCUAAAUAUGUUAUAUAUAUAUAUAUAUAUAUAUAUAUAUAUAUUUCUGGCAAUCCAACUUUUCUGAUUUGUAACUUUAGUCAGAGAAUAGGAUUUUGGAGUGACAGAGAAUGUCUAACAGUAAUACUGUUGAUAUACAUUUAAGAAAUACUUUCACCUCUGUGUGGGUGUGCAUUUGUACUGUAUGGCAGGCUCUGUGCAUUUAAUAUAUAUGAUAUCCUUUAACCCUCAAUAGAACCUUGCAAGGUAGAUAUUAACAUCCACAUUUUUCAGAUGUGGAAACUAAGCCUGAGCAAGUUUUAAAAUGGUCUCUAAAUUCACACGGCUGCAGGAACUACUAAGUGAAAUAGGCUGAAUGUAAACGCAGGUUUAACGCUAAAUCCCAUGUUACUCCCCUCAACUUUUCCCCAUUUAAGGAGCUUAUAUUGAGGGUUUAUUCUGAGCCAGGCUCUAUGCUAAGACUUUACGCCAUUUGUCCUUAUUGACCUGUGAAGUCAAUACGGUCAUUAUCUCCAUUUUACAAAUGAGGAAACUGACCUGUAAAGUGGUUAGUCAUAUGCCCAAGGCCACAAAACUAAUAAAGUGGGAAAUCUUACCACUGGCUUAAAAAAAUCUUUAUAGCAUCUUUAAAAGAUGAGUCUUAAAUGCUUUCUGUGCUCAGGUAUUCAUUAAGUGACAAAAGAAGAAGAAACAGCUUUCGAGAAAUGGUAUCUCCUUUUGAGAAAUGGUAUCUUCUUCUUGCCUGCUUUACCCAUUAUCUUGGACCCUGGCAUAAUAGAACUUCCCUUUAGCCAACCUAAGCACCAGAGAAGCAUUUCUCUGUAUCUAUUGCACACAAUCUCCUCUUGGUCGUGAGGAAGGAAAGAAAGAAGGGAGAGAGGAUUUCCUUCUUUGGUUCCCAUCACCCUAGGUUCAAAAGCUAAAGGCCAUGAGAGCUUUCCCUUAACUAUUCUCCCAGCCCACCCCUGACAUCUUUACACAGCAAUUAAAAUGACUACCCCUACCUUCCUGGGGACCCUGUCUCACUCCCUCCAGCCCUUGCACAUGUACUUCUUCUUUGUGGAAAGAAAAAUGUUCUGUCUUACUGUUGCCUGGAAAAUUCUUUCUUCAUGUAAACUCCCUUUAAAAAUUAUCUCCUCUGAGAAGCCUUCACCAGCUCCCCAGUUCUAGGAUUGAUGCCUCUUCUCUAAAUUUACAUGGAUCCUUAAGUCCUCCCUGUGCCCCGUUAGAGCACUGAUGACAUUUACUUUGAAAUUCCCCUGUUACAUGUCUGUUUGCCUAAGUAGACUCUAAGCAUCUGCAGAAUAGGGGCUCUGUCUUAGUAUCCAGGGUAUUUUCUUCACCUAGCACAAUUCCUGCCACAGAGUAGUGUGUUAGCUCUCCAUUGUUGUCUAAAAACCCACCUCAAGUGUGGAGUGCGGUGGCUCAUGCCUGUAAUCCCAGCCCUUCAGGAGGCUGAGGCAGGCAGAUCAUUUGAGGCCAGGAGGUCAAGACCAGCCUGAUCAAAAUGGCAAAACCAUGUCUCUAUAAAAAAUAGAAAAAUUAGCUGGGUGUGGUGGCAAGCACCUGUAAUCCCAGCUACUUGGGAGGCUGAGGUGGGAGAAUCGCUUGAACUCACAAGGCAGAGGCUGCAGUGAGCCAAGAUAGUGCCAUUGCACUCCAGCCUGGGCAACAGAGCGAGACUCCAACUCAAAAAAAUAAAUAAGUAAAUAAAAAAUAAAAACCCGGCCGGGCACAGUGGCUCACACCUAUAAUCCCAGCACUUUGGGAGGCCGAAGUGGGUGGAUCACUUGAGGUCAGGAGUUCGAGACCAGCCUGGCCAAUAUGGUGAAACCCCGUCUGUACUAAAAACACAAAAAAUUAGCUGGGCAUAGUGGUGCACGCCUGUAAUCCCAGCUACUUGGGAGGCUGAGGUGGGAGAAUUGCUUGAACCCAGGAGGCGGAGGCUGCAGUGAGUCAAGAUCAUGCCACUUCACUCCAGCCUGGGCAACAGAGUGAGACUGUGUCUCAAAAAAAAUAAAAAUAAAAACCCAUCUCAAAUCAUCGCUUAAAAAAAUAAAAAUAAAAACCCACCUCAAAUCAUGGCUUAUAGCAACACCAUUUAUUUGCUUAUAAUCCUAUGCUCUGGCAGUCUGGGCAGAGCUCUGCCGGUGUGAUCCACCACUGCUCCAUGGGUGCCAGUUGGGACUCCACACACCUUUGUGGUUAGUGAGCAGAUUGGUUGGAGGCUGAUUGACCUUGACUGGCCUCAUGUAUGUGUCUCAAAGUUGGCUGGGGCUGUCGGCUGAAAUUCCUUAGUUCUACUCCACAUGGCCUUUCCCCAUGGCCAGCCCAGACUGAGAUCUGAGAUUGAAGAGGGUGAGAACAGAAAGUACAAGAUCUACUUUUGACUUGAAAGCUAGCCCAGAAUCAAGGGAAAUAAACCCCACCUUUGGAUGGAAGGAGCUUCAAAGAAUUAGUAGUCAUUUCUAAUCCACGAAGAGUAGGUACCCACUAUUUGUUGAAUAAAGCCCUAUUGAAAGCUUUUUAGCUAUCCAGAUGCAAAUUACCGGCCAACCUUUGGGUAGAAUUACAAAAUUCUGCCCAAAAUUCUACCAAAUUCCUGGUACUUGUAAAAUUCUACCAAAUAACUGGCCAACUUUUGGGUAGAAUUGUAAAAAUUAAGUUGUGAAUAAAACCUAUUGCCUAACAAGAACUUCAAAGUCAGAGAAUCCUAAAAUGAUUGUGCUACACAGGGUCACAUAGAGCAUAGCUUUGUCUUUUUUUUUUUUUUUCUUUUGAGAUGGAGUCUCGCUCUGUCCCCCAGGCUGGAGUGCAGUGGUGCAAUCUUUGCUCAAGGCAACUUCUACUUCCCAAGUUCAAGCAAUUCUUCUGUUUGAGCCUCCUGAGUAGUGGGACUGCAGGCAUGUGCCACUAUGCCCCAUUAUGUAUUUUUAGUAGAGACGAGAUUUCACCAGAUUGGCCAGGCUGGUCUCGAACUCCCGACCUCAAAUGAUCUGCCUGCCUUGGCCUCCCAAAGUGCUGGGAUUAUAGGCAUGAGCCACCAUGCCCGCCUGCUUUGUCUUUUCACUGGACUAAUGAAGAUACAGGUGGGGAAUGGUUUCAUGGCAUGCCCAACCUCAUGAGGCCUGUUGGGUCAGAGCUUGUGCCAGCUGCCAGUCUUCUGCCUUCCAGUCUUACAGUUGUUACACUAUAGCCUUCUGCAGUGGAUGGUAACGUGGCCAAAAUAAGCCUUUGGUUUUGGAGUAUUCAUAAAAUGAAAGUGGUGCCAUGUACCUUGAUGCUGGGGGAAUAUUAUUUUAAUCGACUCAAGCCUUUCGUUGCUGAGUGAUAUCUUAAAAAAAAAAGUAUUUUGCCUGAUAUUUUCACAGUCGUUCUGCUUGAAAUGUAAAAUUCCAAUUUCUAAAUGUAAUACCAAGAUUUAUCCUAAAUUAACAAUAAGCAGUGUUUCUAAUAGCUUUUCAUAUAUAUAUGUGUGUGUGUGUGUAUAAUCUUCAAAUAGGAAAGUGUAUUGUGCAUGAGGUUUCACUCAUUGAGAACCUCUGAAAUGUCUUUCUUCGCCCCCUUUAAAAAAAAAAACAUGAUUUUCCAGGUGUUUGUGUUUAUGUUUUUGCUACGGAGAUGAAAGUAGUUUUUGUUUCUUCAUUAGUAUAGGAUGGGUACAUUGAAAGCCAUGUUCCCUUCUAGAAAGAAAAAUGCUAUUGCCUUUUGGGUUGAUUCUAUUAUCUGAUGUUUUAUUAAUCUCUGUGAAAUAAUUGUGUAAAUUAAUAUAGAGACUAGUUGAGAAAUGGUGGAUAACAUGAAGAAGAUACCCAUUUUUGCGUAGAUUAGAUGUGAUCAACCUCACACUAUCAUAUGAAAGGUGGCUGCACUGGAGAGACAGGAAUUAAUAUUACAAAUGUUUUCAGUUCAGAUUGAUAUCUUACAUUUCCAAAUAUUAUUUUCUUUUGAAUAUGUGGUGUAAGUAAUCUGCUUUAAGUCCUAUUUUAGGUUGGGUGCAGUGGCUCAUACCUGUAAUCCCACCAUUUUGGAAGGCUGAGACCAGGAGUUUGAGACCAGCCUAGGCAACAGAGUGAGACCCUAUCUUUAUAGAAAAUAAAAAAUUAGCCAGGUGUGAUGGCACGUGCCUGUAGUCCUAACUACAUGGAGGCUGAGAAGGGAGGAUAGCUUGAGCCUGGGAGGUUGAGGCUGCAGUGAGCUGUGAUCACACCACUGCACUCCAGCCUGGACAAUAGAGCAAGACACUAUCUCGAAAAAAUAAAAAGACCUGUUUUAAGCUGAUGAUAUUAACCAUUCUCUCCUGUUGACUAUUAAUCUUGUUUCAUUUUUAUUAUAAAUAAUCAGAAUGACUAAAACAUUUCAAUUUUGCUGGUUGGCUGAAAUCUAUUGAUGUAGUUGACCAUGGUUUUACUCACUUAAGGCAGAAUUUCAGGUGUGACAUGUUUUUUCUUCAGUUCAGUACCAGAAGGACAAAUCUGCCAUGUACCAAAAUGAAAUUUGUCAUCAAAAACAGCAUAUGGUAUUGUGAAAUGCAUUAACAAAUAUUGAAGAUACUUAAUAUAUAUCUUUAUUUUAAAAUUAUGUUGAGAUUUACUUGCUCCUCUUAUGAAAAUGUAUACCAUAAUACUUAAAAUUAUUGUAUGAAAAAACAUAGCAGUAUAGCAUGAAAUAAAUAUUACUUUUUUUUUUUUUUUUUGGAGACAGAGUCUUGCUCUGUCACCAGGCUGGAAUGCAGUGGCACAAUCUCGGCUCACUGCAACCUCCGCCUCCCAGGUUCAAGUGAUUCUCCUGCCUCCUGCCUCAACCUCUUGAGUAGCUGGGACUACAGGCACACACCACCACUCCCAGCUAAUUUUUUGUAUUUUUAGUAGAGACGGUUUCACCAUGUUGGCCAGGAUGGUCUUGAUCUCUUGACUUCGUGAUCUGCCCGCCUCGGCCUCCCAAAGUGCUGGGAUUACAAGUGUGAGCCACUGCGCCUGGCCCACAUUUUUUAAAACAAUGACUUUCGGGUUUCAGCUUUUCCUGUCUUUUAAAACAAAUUAGCCAUUUUUUAUUCUAAGAAAGGGGUUGUAUUAUAAAGCUGACCUAGUACUAGCUUAUCAGAAAAAACACAUGGGUCUCAUAUCUGAUCCUCCUAUGUAGCCAAAAGUGCCAUUUGUAAGUCUACUUAAUGAUGGAUAUUUUCUGAAGAUCUUUUGCCUGGAAAACAAAUAGUGCAUUAAAAAGCUUUUUUGGUACUCU